AUCGUUCCUAACGUCUGGCCAAAUUGUUUACUUUUUGGUUUCCCGAGAUUUCUGAAUAUCUCAGCAUAAAAAAAAUCUCAGGAUUUCCAAAAAUACUCAACUUACUGGUUGCAUUUAGUAAAAUUAGUUAAAUAGCAUUGGUAAUAUUUCUUUUUCUGUGAUACUGGUGGGCCAGGCUGACCUCUACGCGUUGAAACAGCCGACACAUAAGCAGCCUCUGGUCCUGCCCCUUAGUGAAAUUUUCAAUCUUGUUUUUGUGCUUACGCGACCCAUCUUCCGUUUGGAUUUUGUGCAAGUUUACAGGAUGGAUCAAACACAGCGGUUCCGGACGGGUGAGCGGAUCAAUAAUAUUUCAACCAACACUUUUCAAAUUUGGGAAACGACAGUCCGUCUGGCCCGGAUUCGCACACUGAUGGAUCAUUUGUGCGCCGCCAACGAUGAAAACGAUGAACUAAUUUACUGUCUGCGAGAACCUAAUGAGCCCAUCGAUGACACUCCGGAGGAUGUUAGUAGCACUGACACCGAUCCGGACGAAGAGGACAGUUCUAUAAACUCCAUUAUCAAAGACAUCCGUUCGCGUCCGCGCACACGCGGUGCCGUCAAAAUGAUAUUCUAUAACCGUUUGGCCAUGAUCUCGGACAAAUUGGCACAGGAUAUCAAAUUCCGUUCGGAGAAUGCGGAGUUUUUCGACGAUCUCGAAUUAGUACUCAGUAGGAUGAGUGAUGAAGCAGCAGAGAUAACGAAGCGAGAGAUUAUGAAAUAUUUGGCCGAAGCCAAGGAACGACUAGCCAAGAAAGGGCGAGAACGACAGCAGAUGCUUCAGCAACAACAGCAGCAGCAACAACAACAACAAAGUUAUGGCCCAUCUAGUUCCAGCUAAGCAGGUCAUAUUUAUAGGUAACUGUAACUCUGCUUUUUACAAAUUGAAGCAGACAAUGGACGGAUUUUUUCUCCUGAUUUUAAAAGUGAUUCUACCCACGUGAAUGAAUGAAUGCUAGUUGAGGAAGGACUGCGCAAAGACAAGAAAGGCAUUCAUCAACUCGACUUUGUAAUACAUUUUGGAACACAUAAUAACGUGACAGGCGAUCGUCGAUAUAUUGUCUCAAUAAUUAUUUUCCACAAUUGUUUAUUUAUAAUUGUUUGCCAGAUUAAUUCCAAUACACAUGAUUUAUGAAAUUAAAAUUAAA